UGUAACCCAACAUAACAAGAAGAACCAUCGUACUAGUUUGUUAAUGUUUUGGUUCAUGGUGGACAUGUUGGGAUUAUAAGUUUUUUUUUUAUAUAUCUGGUCUCUCCAGUGUUUUAUUCAUAGUCUGCAGUUGGAGUGUCGUCUAAGAUGCCUCUCACCGAAGAAGAAAUCUCGAGAUUCAGGGUUGUGGACCUGAAGGCUAAACUAGCGUCCUUUGGCUUGCCUAACCAUGGUGGAAAGCCGGAACUGGUGGAUCGUCUUUACAAACAUUUGCAAAUUGUUGAUCCAGUUGAUGUUCGGAAGAUGAAUGAAGAUGGAGACGAUAAAUCAGGCAGGGAUAGAGGGGCUGAGCCCAGCCCAUCAGAAAACAAGGAUGGCAGUGUGGGUGGACCUGAUCCCCAGCAGGAUGAACAGAUGCAACAGGAAGAUAUGGUCAUGGAGGAAGAUGAUGAGCAGACUCAGAAUCAAGGCCAGAAUGAUCUUCUUAGGAAAGCUAGAGAACAAGAAGAGAUGAUAAGUCGCCAACGUCAGUUGGAAGAAGAACGUCUGAUGCAGCACAAAGUGCGAGAACAGCAAAGACUUCUUGAGCAGCAGCAGCAACAGAAACAGCAGGAAGAAUUGUAUCGUUUACAGCAAGCCGCCUUCAUGGAAAAACAAAGGGAAGAGCAAGAUAAGCAAGUCCAGCUCUUACGGCUACAAAGAGAGGCUUUAAAACAAAAGGAGGAAGAAAAUAUAAAACUACCAGCACCAGGUGGACCACCUGGUGUUUCAGCAGCUUCACCACGUGCCUCUGUUCCUCAGCCAGUGAGUUCUGGAGCAGCCAGUGUUGGUACUGUUCCUGUCCUGGGUCCCCCAGGGGUCAAAGCAUCUGUUGUUGUACCUCCAUCACCUUCAUUUGCUCCCAGGCCUCAAGUACCAAUUACUGUUGGUGGUCCAACAGGCUUUUCUAGCCCUACUUCUGUGCCCAGUGGAGGAUUACUUGGCCCAGGACCAGGAUCAUUACCAAAGCCAUCACCACCCUCACAGCAGUCACCCCUCAGACCACCACUGCUGCAGGCGUCCAGCCCUCGUAAUGCCACACCUAUGACUGGCCAACGUCCACCUGUAUCCAUGACAAACUCAACAAAUAGACCUGGUACAGGCCUCCUGGGUGCAGCUCCCACAGUAAUUGCUCCUCCAGGAGAGAGCCCAGAAAAGGGAGACAAGCCCCCACCUCUAAUGUCCUUGCAAGUUUCUGCCCCCAAAGAAGAGGCACAAAGAGAAGUGAAGCUCCCACAAGCACUGGAACAAGCUCUGGCAUUUAAAACAGAAAGAGCUAAACAGGUUGGUGUUAAUCCAGAAGACGUGGAGAAGGUAGAAAGAGAAGGGCUAGCCAGGAUGGAUGAGCUGGAAAAUCGGCCACCUCAGAUUCGAACCACAGUUUCCAUGACCAAAUCCCAAACAUCAUUUAUACCUCCAGUCUAUGAAGAAGAUGAUGAUGAAAUUCCAGAGGAACCUAGUCAGAAAAACAAACAGGAUAAGAAGAAAAAGAAGAAGAAGAAAAGAAAAGGUCGUCAUCAUUUCCAGGAAGAAAUGGACAGACAGAGAAAGGAGCAGAUGAAACGAGAAAAGAGUGAUGCAGAUGAUCCUAAUGUAGAAAUUGAGUAUAUCCAAGACUUGAUUGAACUGGAUAUAACAGAUCCUAACUAUCAUCAUUUUUCAAAGAUUUUUGAAGCAUUCAGAAUUGCUGAGCCAGAACCAAAACUUGAAGAGGAAAAGAUAAUGCCUAAAGUAGAGAUUCCUUUAGUAGAUAUUAAUAAAAAAAUUGGACCCAAAGUACCAGGCAUUCCACUUGAUGAUGAUGACGACGACGACGAUGAUGACGAUCUGAAGAAAGAUGAUGAUGAUAAACCAAAGCUAUCUAAAAGAAAAAUGAAACUUUUGAAACGCAUGAGCAUUGCAGAAUUGAAGCAGACAGUCAGUCGCCCAGAUGUAGUUGAAAUGCAUGAUGUAACAGCUAAGGAUCCAAAAUUACUUGUUCAUCUGAAAGCCACAAGAAACACCGUUCCUGUGCCACGCCAUUGGUGCUUCAAGCGAAAAUAUUUGCAAGGAAAACGUGGUAUUGAAAAACCACCCUUUGAGCUCCCUGAUUUCAUCAAGCGCACUGGCAUUAUGGAAAUGCGAGCAGCACUUCAGGAAAAGGAAGAUCAAAAAACACUUAAAGCUAAAAUGAGAGACAAAGUGAGGCCAAAAAUGGGCAAGAUUGAUAUUGAUUACCAAAAACUUCAUGAUGCCUUUUUCAAAUGGCAAACUAAACCUAAGAUGACAAUUCAUGGGGACCUUUAUUAUGAAGGUAAGGAGUUUGAGACAAAAAUGAAAGACAAGAAACCCGGAGAGAUGAGUGAUGACCUGAGAAUAGCUCUUGGUAUGCCUGUUGGAGCCAAUGCUCACAAAGUUCCUCCACCUUGGUUAAUUGCUAUGCAACGUUAUGGUCCUCCUCCAUCCUACCCAAAUUUGAAGAUACCAGGACUUAAUGCUCCUAUACCAGAAGGGUGUAGUUUUGGUUACCAUGCUGGUGGAUGGGGUAAGCCACCUGUUGACAAUAUGGGAAAGCCUAUUUACGGAGAUGUAUUUGGCACUCAAGGCAAGGACUUUGACACUCCUUUAACAGAAGAGGAGGUAGAGAGGACUCUUUGGGGAGAAUUAGAGAGUGAAAGUGAAGAGGAAUCUGAAGAAGAGAGUGAAGAUGAAUCAGAUGAAGAUGUAAGUGGGCUUGUAACUCCUGGGGAAACUGGUCUUGUCACUCCUUCUGGCAUUAGUUCACUACCAGCAGGUCUUGAGACACCUGACAUGAUUGAAUUGAGGAAGAAACGAAUGGAAACAGAAAUGGAAGGGGGUGACACUCCUGCUCUGUAUACAAUUCUACCUGAGAAGCGGACAGAGACCAUGGGGCGAGCAAUGAUGGGUUCAACACACACCUACGAUAUUGGUGCAGCUGCAGCUAGUGGUAUUGCUAGCAGGUCAGCCACACAGGGAGUGGAAGUGGCCCUUGAUCCCUCUGAGCUUGAUCUUGUAGAUACAGAUGCCAUGGCUGCACGUUAUGAAGCUACACUUAGAGAACAACAGAAAGGAGAAGAAGAGGAUUUCUCUGAUAUGGUAGCUGAGCAUGCAGCUAAACAACGUAAUAAAAGACGAAAGCAACAACAAGAUCAGAAUAAACCAACUAAAAAGUAUAAGGACUUCAAGUUCUAGAAGAAGCUAAGCAGUACUGUAAUUGCCUAGAAUAAAACUUCAUAUAAGGCAAGGUACAGUAUGAUACAGGUAGGGUAAAUGCAAUUGUAGUUAAAAAAUACAAAAAAAUUGCUCUGAGAGUUAUUUUCAAGACUAAUGUUUAGUGUGUUGAUGUAUGGAGCAUAAUGAUCUUGCAACUGAUGUUGCAUGUCAUUUGGUUUUUAGUCAUUAAAUUUCAACUUAAUGUA